UUCAUCGAACCACGUUCCAAAAUGCUGAAGUCUGUGAAAUUAUUUAAUGUAUUUAUUUUUCUAAUUAUUCUAUACGAGUCGAAAGCGAUAAUGUCUGACUGUAUUCAAACGGUGGAUAUUGGUGUUUUAAAAAGUGUGGAUGACUAUUUUAUGCACGGAAAACUCCAAGUUCCUGUCAAUGGAACGGAACAAUUCAGUUGUACAAAUCCGAGAGGUGUAAACCAUACAAGAUCAUGUUUCUGUAAAGGGAGCAACUGCGUCCUAUAUUGUUGUUCCACUAAGACAUUUGCGCCCACUGAAGAGUGCAGCAUUAUUGCAUUAAUCUUAAUGAAUGCCAUCAAAAAUGUAACUGUCGAGGAUAAUAUCAAAGUUAGAGAUUAUUCCUGUGCAGAGCCUAAGAGUAAUUGGCAUACAUUGGCACAGAAUAAUACUCUAGAUAUAAAACUACACCAAUGGAGCCGAAUGGGACGUAAUGAAAAUAUCUAUAACUUUAAGCUGAUCCUAUGCCAGAACUUGAUGCCAGGUGUGCGCGAACUUGGUGUGAUUUCAUGUGUAUGCUAUGUACUGACUAUUGCGGUUUAUCUGUACUUAAGGAGACUUCGGAAUUUACACGGCAAGUGCUUUAUCUCCUGCUUCAUCUGCAUGUUUAUGAAAUGCCUCUUCUGGUUUUCGAACUUAAACUCCUCUGUAGCAGGUUAUAUGAGCUACUUCUUCUGGACGGCCUCGUUUCUUUGGUUCUCGGCUAUGAAUCAUGUUUUUUACAAAGCUUUCGAUCAUUGUAAUCCAAUGGGUCCCGGAUUUCGGUUCUAUUGUUUAUUUGUCUGGUUAACUGCUGCAAUCUGGACCGUAGUUAUUUGUUUAGUUGGUUAUUUCUUGGAGAACGACGCAACAUACAUUUUUCCGUAUUCCAUUGAAUCGAACGCUGUGAACUAUCCAUACACAGUUGUAUUCUACUAUGGACUGAUGCUGAUUUUAGGCCUUCUCAACACGUUCAUCAGUGUUCUGAACGUAAAGACGAUUUUGAGAAAUGGGAGGGUCAUUUAUAAAUUCAGUCCAGUGCUGCCGUUAGGGAGGGGCAUGUUUUGGCCGAGAAUACUUACGUUAUUGGGAGUUACUUGGAGUCUGGAUUUGAUUCUUUGUAUAAUGCAGACCUAUGAUUUUGUUCCACAGCUUUUGUGGUUAGCCGACUAUAUUCAUGCGUCGUUUGGUAUUUCGAUUUUUUUGUUAUUUAUCGUUAAACGUAACACCAUUCAAUGGCUCAAGGAGGGAAACCCGAUUGAGGAAAUUUCGCCAACUCCGCAGGCCUAAGGAGGUGAAACAUCUUUCUAAACAAAUGAAAAUCAUUUUGUAUUCAU